UCCAAGCCCAUAGUCCGCAGUCACAAUUCGGUCGUUCAGCGGUGCGGACGUUACACGCGCUUUGUGUCGCGGUAUAAAUUUCGAUUACCGGAAGUGCAAUUUGGCACCUCCGGAUGUACAUUCGAGCUCGCUUCGUCCCGUUUAGCCGGGUAUUCGUCGGAUGCGCUGGUUCGCGGUGCCGGCAAUCGUCUAAAAUCAACGUGUAGGUGCCCCGAAACGCACCGCUAAGCAAACUAUUGUUCGAUUAACUCCGGUAAUUGCGAAGCUGGGUGAAACUGUUGUUGCAACGCGGUAGUACCGUCCCUGCACUCGUGUUACUCCUUCGGAACGUUUUUCCCGAAAGAUCCGCUCGGUGAAGCGCAACUUUAAGCUACGCCCGGCCGGCGCGGCGCCUGUAUUAAAGGGAGAUAUGCCCGAAGCGCGUAGCGACGGCGAUCGACUGACAGCCGUUCCGUGAAAUUGGAGCCGUUUCGAGACUGGAGCAGCCUGGCGACCUAUAACCGCGGUGAUACUCUAACACCGUUGUCCGGUGACGAGAUGCCAAGUCGUCGGGGCGAAUCCAUGUAGAUUGGCGGGCGAAAGGCGGACUUUUGGAGGAGCGACUGCUGGCGCUGGUGAAAUGUAGCUUGCUGGUGUAAAAAGUCGGAAGACGGCGAUCGGUCGUUGUUGGCUCUCCGAGGAUCCACCAACCCGUCUACGCUGGUCUCUCGCGUUCGCGUUCGCACUCUCGCGUUCGUCGCGUCAAGUGUGGCGGCGAAGCCCCCGGGGAGUGGCGAUACCCCCGAGAGGUUCGCCAAAAGUUUCUACCGGCGCUAGGAACAGAAACAUCGUCGGGAAGAACGCUCGCGAUGUGCCUGUGAAUUGGAUACCCGGAGAAAGGACUCCUCUUUCCAUCGCGUCAGGAUGACGGAACGCUGCCCGUUGGACGCGUACGACUAGUCGUCACAGUGGAGUUCUGCUUAAUCGCAGCCUCGGGAGGGGGUGGUUCGAUGUUGGUCCCUCCCGUGGCCCAAAGUGGGACCGGGGAUCGUCCCGUGGGGGACACGGUGGCACGGGCUCAGCAGACAACCGGCCCCGCUGCCGCAACGACGACCCUAUGGCCUUUAGCACCUGCGCAGCCCAAUCAGGUUCCCAAUCAACAGUCCCAGGGCAUACCACCUCUGGCCGCUACGCCUGCGCCCGCUCACAAUCAAGGUGCGAACCGCUACGGACUGUACUCGUUAUUCCCAGGGGGUGGCGGGGGCAGUUACGUUGCCGCCACCCCCGCCACCCCCGAGCAACCGAUGCCAGCACGGGCUUAUCACGCGACGCACAAGGAACGGACAAUUUCAGAGAGCGUGUUUUCCGCGGCGGUCGGCGUUGGGGUGGGUGGCUACACCUGGGGCGCUCCCACGCCCCCGCCGGGAUCACCCUACAGCCCUGUACCCGUGACACAGCUGGAGCUGCUGGCGAAAAAUUUGGCGAACCUGGCGCCCGCAGCCGCCACGAGCCAGCAGGCCCUGAGCCUGCAGGGUGUCGGCGUUAACGUGGCGGGUAGCCUGCAUCAUGCGCAACACACGCAGCACACGCAGCACACCCUCAACCUCACCGGAAUUCAUCAUCUGCAUCACGGUGGCCUCCAUCAGAACACGUUCUCGCCUCAGCUGUCGCUAGUAACCGGCGCACCAACGUUAACCAUCAACAACUUCUCGUCGCCCAACUCGAGCCACGGGAUCGCACCGACGACGGGUGUCCUCCUGCAGGAAUAUCAACCGCCAAUAGGUGCAACUGCGGCGGCGACAGGAUGUACCGUCACCGUGAACGGUUCGUCCUGCCUGACCAACACCAGCAGCACGGCCAGCGGCAUGAUGGUUCACGGCGGUAUCGGCGGCGGUGGUAACCAAGCGAUCGGCAACCAGAUCGCCGUUCACGCCACGAAGAAACGGGAGGCUUUCCUUUCCAGUCAAGGCCAACCGGUGAAGCUGGAGAACAAAUCGACCAGGACGUCGUGCCUCUGCAGGAACAGCAACGGCAAGACAAAGGUGGUGCAUUCAGAUGUGGGAUGCAGCAGGACGCUACCUGUCGUCUCGUCCUGGAACGGACAGGACAGCAAUGCUGGUGCUAACAAUAGCGGUGCUAGCCUGACCGUAAAAAGGGAACCUUUGGCUUCGGUGCCCUGUCAAGUCGCAGAAGUUUCCACAUCCCUUCAUGCCACCACCACCUCUGUCAAGAUUGAACCCGUUCCACACAAGUCCGAGAAUGGGAUAGCCGUCUCUAAUGCGGGAGCCGGUGGCAUACCGGUUGGCAUUGCUGUGGCGAGGCAGCGAUUGCAGCAUCAAGAGACUUCGACGUCUAUGCGCAAUGUGUCCUUAAGUCAUCACACGUCGCAUCACGCGACGAGCUAUCAUCAUUUCCAGCCGGACAGCCUGGGUUCCAGCACGGCCAUGGCGGUAGGCGGCACUACCCUGGUGCACUGCGGGCCUGGAGGGGAGGAUCGUGCGGCCCACCUCGCUGCCAUUCCCUCCGGGGCUCUCGCGCCCUCGCUGAGCCUGAAUUCCAGUCUGAAUUCCAGCCUGAAUUCCACCCUGGGCAGCAUCGGCGGCGGACCGGCGGCCGCGGCCGAUACGGCCGCCGCUGCUUGGCCGCCCACACUGUGGCAGUAUCCGGCUACGGCGGCCGCAGCGAUGCCAACGGAGCCGGUCGGUUUUCCGCAGAUGGGUUCUGGACUGCAAGGUGGAUUACAGUUAGUCCGCGAUCCAACGACCGGACACAUUCUCCUUAUUCACGCUGCGGAACAAAUGCAGCAGGCUCUGGUGUGGCCGAAUUACUCGAACCACAACAGUAACGUUGCACCGCCGCCACUCCUUCUGCCACCGCCUCCACCCUCGAUACAGCUUCUGGGUGAUAUCGGCGGCGCGCGAUUAGUGCUGACUGAGAACAAAAGAAAACAACAAAGCGCGCUGCCGAUAGUAAAGAUCGAGACGGAAUGUAGCAACAGUCCGACAACCAUAAUCACGUCCACCGAGUCGUCGAAGACCGCGCUGCAAACCAUGACGUCCGUGACAGGCGCUUUGGUGCCGGACGCAGCUCUGGUUACCACGCUGCACUAUUACCCUCAAGCGCCGGCGCUGGUGCAAAUCAGCCAGGCCGAGCCUACAACUACGCACUGCAGGUCACAGGCCACCUCGCCGGUCUUGUGUCUGACACCACCCCCGGAAAUACCAGCGGCGAUUCAUACGAUCGAACCAUCGUCAUUCGGGGUUCAGGAUGCUUCGAAUCAAACCGACGCGCCCGAGGAUACCGAGGAGAAGCAGGAGACUCUCGUGAAGCAGGAGCAAAAUCUAAGCCCGUGCCAGGUCGUGUCCCAAUCCACGGGGACGAAUCUACCCGCCGCCGCGAAUUUCGAGAUCGUGCCAUCGCCGACGGAGAGGAUCUGCAAUGUCGUUAGAAUCACGACAACUACGACUACGGUAAAUCCGACCGUGUGUGGCAUCGUGACCAAAGUGGACAAGGCGGAAAAUACGAUCAUCAACAUGGCCGACUGCGCCAAGUAUUCGGCGAAAGACGGAAGAAGUCUCGCGAAAGCGACUGCGCAGGACUCCUCGCGUGUCGACGAGGAGGUUUGUAAGGACGAAAAGAUGACGCCUAUCUGCAGCAGGGGCGGCAGGUUCGGUGCUAGGAUCAUCGAGAUCACCGAAGAGAACUGUGAUAGCUUCCACGAGAACCUGGAGUUCUUCGCAAGGAGAAGAGACGUCAGCGCGGAUCAGCAUGAUCAUCGAGAUGAGUACUCUAAGGACGAGGAGAACGUUGCACAAAAGCCUAUCAGUCAUGAAAAGGAGAUCGAAUCGAAGAUCAACGACGCUUCGAAGAACAUCGAAGUUCAUCAAACGUGUCUUAAAACAUCGGAACCGCCGCCAAUCGUCAACGAAGCAAAGUCGGACGUAGUCGAUUCAACGGACUCGUCGAGAAUCAAUUGCGAGAGUUGCGACAAGGAGCGAAAUAUCUCGAGCAGCGAAGCCCGACCUCAGAUCACGGUUAAGUCUUUCGACAUGCCUAAUAUCGAUUGCGACGAUCAAGAGGUGCAACAAGUAGCUAUCAAGCAAGAAGCCGAUGACAGCAGCUGCUACGAGGUAUGCUACGAAUCGUCUCAGUGCGAGCCAACGUCCACUAGCGAAAGGUGCAGAUCGACGCAGGAUACGACGAAAAGACACUCCGUGGAGAAGCCCCACCAUCCGGGUAUCGAGAACGUGGUGGAGAAGCUGAAGAAAAAUGCGGCGGCUCUGCAAGAAGCCGCGCUACCUAGCGUUCAAAAAAUCGAAGAAUCCGCGGAAAGGUCGAACGUGGAGAACGUCAAGCCGCGCGUCAGGUACUCCGAGACGAUACCGAAGAAGUUGCAUUUUUUAAGAUCAUGCCAGAGCUCCCUGGAGAGUGGCGCGAUCGAUACCGAGAUCUCUUCCUCGCAAACCGCGAUGUCGGAGCAGCAGCUUAAAGAUCAAUCGGGACGGCAUUCGCCUCAAAACGACAGACAUAUGGCCAGUAGCGAGUGCCUGCUUAACGAGAACAAUAACGACAGCAGGAGUAACAACAAUAAUAUCAAGGUGCUCGAGGAUAAAACAUUGUUGGCGAAGAACGAAAAGAACGUCUCCCAUGAUAUUACGGCUUACAUCAAGCCCAAGACUGUCUGGCGCUGCGAGGUGCAACCAUUCGAAAAGUCUAACGUAACUCGUAAACCGGAUCAACACGUCGAAGACACGUCUACGGAGACAAAGUCAAGAUUACAGAAACAAAAACCAACCAUUGAUGUGAGCGGUCUCGAAUUAUUGUCAAACAGCAUCGAACAGUUGGAACAACGAGUCGGCCAGCCGGAGCAUCUGCAACUGGACACGGACGUCGAGAAGUCACCCGUUAGAAGCAAACUCGUAAGUCAGCAAAGUGAGAGUAAUAAUAACAACGUCGGUAGUCCUCUCGGCUUACUCUGUGCACUAGCCGAACAGAUUAUGGAGGUGGGCGACAAGGUCCCCCGGAAAUUGAAUCUUGAAAGUUCGGAGGAAAUCUCGCACGCUGGUCGGUUACUGUUGAACCUGGGCAGAAGCAGCUCUCUCGACCAAGAUGAGAGCAAAAGAAAGUACGUUGAGAUCGAUGACCAUCGCUCCAAACGAUUCAAGCUCCAUGAUCGCGAGGAGGAAGCUAAGAGCGCGUCGUUGAAUUAUCGCGAGGAAGAUAUUAAAGAACAGACGAUGGAAAUUAAUGAAGGAAAACAGGAUGCUCUGCAAUCGAAAGAGAGCAUCGAGGAUAUCGAUAAUUUCUGUAAGGAGGAAAUCAAUAAGAUCGCCGAUGAAAAAACUAUUGGCUUGGAAGAACAAUCUCUCAAUAGUAGAGAAGAUGAUGAAGAUUGUUACGCCAAUGAAAAAGCUGUUAAAACCCUUCAAGUUCUCUCGAAUGAAAUAUCUAAUAAUUUACCAAAUAACGAUAAGAUCGUGAAAGAGGACAACCUGUCGGAUUCGGAGGGCGAAAUGUUCGAGUCAAAAGUCCUAUCUGAGCAGUCAACGAGUUGCGAAAUUAGAAAUAACAAGCGUAAAAUGUCCGUCGAAGAGAGAGACGGCCACGACUACAAAAACGCGCGAACAAAGUUGGAGGCGAAGAAGUUCAUAGCCAGGAAAGGAAAUCGCGAUAACGAGGACGACUGGCCGAGCAUGGACGCCGCAGAACUUGAUAUGAGAGUCAGGAUGGCUGACAUUCAAAGACAAUACAGAGAGAAACAGAAGGAGCUUUCCAAGUUGAUUCCUAAGAAGGAUGACAAGAAAAACUCUGGUAGACCGCGGAAAAAGAGUCAUUCUUCCACUAGCUCCGAUCACGGAACGAUGUCAUCGCCACUCGGACUAGAUCAUAUGACCUCCCCGCAAAAGUCACCCUCGAGAUCACCAGAGCCUGGCGCAUCCUCGCCGUUAGCUUCAGCUGUUCUAACCAUGCCGAAGUGCAACGUGAAUCUCGUGAAAAUCGGCGAGACCAGAAGCCAUAUAAAACUUUUGGAUAACAUUCCCAGUAUUCCGAUAUCAGGAUCGCCUGUGACAUUGACGAUGCCGGUGUUACCUUGUCCCAGCAAUGAAGCACCGGAGGAUGAUGAUAAGAGCACGGGAACGCUGGCCUAUGACACGUCAUCACCAGCACCGACUGUCGCAAGCUCGACUUCUGCUUCCAAAAAGAGAAAAGUGGGACGACCGCGGAAGCUCACUUGCACCUCGGGCAGCGCCAGACACUUGACGGAGACAAUUGUCGCUAAGAAACCCAAGAGCAAGAGUUCUCUAGUGGGUUACGUAUUGUCCUCAAAGAACAGACAUCUACAGACGAAGCAAUGCAUAAAUAGUAAAACUAGCUAUACUCCGUUGCCAUUUAAAUCGGGAGUCUCUUCCCCGAAGCCACAACAAGCCAAGAUGCAAAAAGUUGCGAAAAUGAAGACAAAGCCGGCAAAGCAAACUCCGCUGCACAACAAAAAUGUAAUCAGCUCGAUUAUUGCCGAGAAAGCCAAGCUAAGUCAAGAGGUGAAGCUUGAGAAGCAUAGCAGUAAAAUAAAACCGAAGCUUAAAGCGGAGGUAAAGGUGAAAAAUUGGGAAGAUGACGAGAACGAUACGGUACAAUCCGAAAACAUUGUCCCGGAGAGUAAGGAAGAACCCAUAGUUGAAAAACCUGAGAAGGAGACGUCGAUAGAAUCUGCGGAGCAAUCGGAAAAGGAGCCGGAAAAGCCGCGACAUGAGAAAUCGAAGAAGAAGAAGCGGAAAUCGCAAUCGCCGAAUCAUGACAGGAAGGAGUCCAAGAGGCGCAAGUCCCUGGAAUGCAAGCAGUGCGCCAAGGCAGCCGCUGCGAGAACAUCCGACAGCAUUGUCAACCGCUGCAAGUUGACGCCCGCUCAUCUGGCCAUCGAUCAGCUGCGAGUUCUCAUGGCGAUAGGCGGUCUCUUUUACGCGGGCAAACUGAGCGCCGUGCAGGCGCCUGAUGUUUACGCCAUCACGCUGGAUGGCGAGCGUGGAAAUAGACCGCAUAUUCAUUCCCGAGAAGAGAUCCUGAAAGACGCGAUCGUGGAAGUGUGUCCGACUUCGACGAAAGAAUUACCACCCGGUACGAGACUAUGCGCGUAUUGGAGCCAACAGUACAGGUGUUUGUACCCAGGAACUUCCGUAAAACCUAUGGUGCCUGAUCCGCAGCACGACGAGAAAUUCGUCACUGUGGAAUUCGAUGAUGGGGACAGCGGUUUAAUCGUCUUGGAAGACAUCAGACUUUUGCAGCCUAAUUAUCCUGUCGUAGUGUACGAUCCGAAUCCUCUACUCUCACUGGGCAAACGACGACGGCAAACAUCUUCAGAAGACAAGCGUUCCACGAGCAAUCCGAGCGCUUCGUCAACUGGUCAGAACGUUCCAUCGGCAUCUCGAAGUGUGGCAGCUGGCAACAACAGCUUCGCCACGGGUACUUACGUCUCUAACGUAGAAUUGGCGAACGUCAACGAAGGCGCCGACGCGGAGACCGAAACAAAUGUCGAAACGAGUAGUACGAGCGGUACGGAGUACCGCAAAAAGAAGCACAUGAAGAAAAUAAAAAAGAACCGAAAGCUACUCGAGGCUCAAGAAGGCAAAAAGAAGCACAGGAAACACAGGUCCUGCAAGGAGCAUCGAAAACACAAGCACAGAAAACAUCGAAAGCACAAACACAGGCAUCACGGAAGUAUUAGUGACGCAAAUGGCAGCACAAGCAAUCGAGAGAACAGCUGGGAGCAACAGAAUGAGGAAGAAGCAAAUACAGAUUUACCGAACACAAGUGCUUCCACUAUCGAGGAGCUGAGAUUGUCGGAAGAAGAGGACGAAACUGAAGAAUCGGUAACUGUUGAGAAAACCAACGAGGCUCAAGUGGAGCUUGAAGAACCGCCUAAACCAAAAGACGACGAUGUUCAGAUGACAUCAGAGUCAUCGGAGCAACAGACCGAGCCCGAGGAAGAAGAACCGUCAGAACCUAUUCAGCAGACUAUUCAGGAAGAAUCCGAAGAACCGUCGGAACUCGAUCAAGCUUGCGACGAGACACAGCCGGAAUCCGAAGAAUUCUCAGAAAACGUCCAAACGAACGACGAGGAGCCGCCUGAGGAAUCGCCAGAAUCAGUCGAGAAGAAGGUGAAGAUUCAGAAGACGAGUCGCGCCUCUACAAAUCGUGCCUCGGUCAAUCGCACUUCAGCGGUUCGCGGUUCCACGAGUCGCGCCUCGGCGAAUCGCGUUUCGACGAAUCGCACAACGGCGAAUCGCGCCUUGACGAGACACGCUGCGACGGCUCAGGCAACGACGUCUCAGGCAUCGACGAGUAGCGGCCCCGCGAGCCGAGUCUCAAAGAAUCGCGCCUCCAACCAGACGACAACUCAGCCUAAUCCGCCAUCGAGUCCCGUCGAGACUCCCAGUCCAAUAGCCCGCAUGUUGCCUAACAAACGCCACUGGAAAUGGGCGAGCACCAGCCGCGUAUCUGGAGGAAAUCAAUACUUCACAGCCAUAAGACGCGGCAGAGAAACGAUAAAUAUAGGCGACAGCGUAUUGUUCUAUUCCUACCGAAAGCCUCAUGAGAAACCUUACAUCGGCAAGAUUGUGUCGCUGUGGCUGAACCAGAAAUUAGAGAUGAGAGUCAGAUCCCAAUGGUUCUACCGUCCUGAGGAGCUUCAACCGCCUUGCAGCCUAAAUCCUUCGGGCGGCCUGUUUGAAUCGAAACACAGCGAUUCAAACGACGUGCAAACGAUUUCACACAAAGUAAUGGUGCUACCACUUGAAGAUUAUAAUAAGACGCUACAAUCGUCACACAGAUAUCAAAAGGGUUACGAGGACAACGACCCUUACUAUUACUACGCCGGCUUUUAUACGCAUCCGACGGUAACUUAUGCACCCGGCGUUACGGCUGUUCUAAAUGAAUGAGAACAGCUUAAGCUGACGAUUAAGUUAGCCGGAAUUACUUAAUCGUGGUCAGCUACCAACUAUGCGAAAUUUUCGAUGUGACAACCGUUUAAAGUGAACGGCUCUCUUUAUUGCGGAGGAAGACGAACUUAUGGCUAAUACGUUAGGAGCGUAGGCGAUACGUUACACGCAAGAGAUGAAAUUAUUUCUCCACGUCUUUAUCGCGAGAGCAUUGCUCAUUGAGUCUACAAGGCACAAGCAUUACUUCAUUCGCAUGAUACUUAACAAAAAACGGUAGUUCUUCAGGAUAAAAAAAAAACAUACUUGUCACACAUCUAAAUGUUAGAUUUCUUUAAUUAGAAUCGAAAUAUCUUAAUUUCUUCGUUGAUCAAUAGUAGCAUCUUUAUCUUUAUUUUUUUUUUCUUUUCUAUUGCAUCUCUUAGACAGCAUGAAAAUAUCUCUCCAUCGUAAUGCACGGAAUUAAACAUUUCGUCGAUCUGCUUAAGAUCGUUAAAAAAAUAAGAUAAAAGCAUGUAGUCGUUAAACGCGCGCACGACCUAUAAAAAUGAUGUAGAUUAAUGAAACUUCGUAGCCUGCAAUUCUUAACCUUCAUAACAGGCAAUACUUGUGCCUUGUUUAAAAAUUCCUCCCAUUGAAAUGCGAUCAGACUGCCGUUCGGUUUCUGUGAAUUUCCGAAUUGUAAUUACGCUUACAUUUUGCUAGCGGAAGAAAGCGAGAGAGCGAGCGCGAGAGAGAGAAAGUGAGAGAGAGAGAGAGAGAGAGAGAGAAUGAGAGAAAGAAAAAAAAUGGAUCGAUGCAAUAAUCACACUAAGUGGCAUUAAACGCGGAAGUGAUCAAGAUAAAAAAGUUAUUUGCUGUACAUAUUGUAAAUAUGAUUUUAAGAACGUGUGUCUAACAUUUGCGUGCACACGACUCGUUAAAUGUAAAUCGCAUUAAGAGCGGUAGAUUCAAGUUUAUACAGUUUAAGUUUUAAGUCGUAAGUUAAUGACCCGAGUAACACAAUAACGUUUCGAUAUUUAAAUAACAAAAAAGGGGGAGUACUAUUUUCAUGUUUGGAGAGUCAAAUUUUUUUAAAAAAAUCGAUGAAACAUAUGAUAAAUAAUGGUAAUAUAACUUCAUUAAGUGGUGAGAUAAAAGUGAAGAUAAUAUCCGAGUCAUUCUUUAGGGAUACAGCUUUUUAGAAAAUUUCAUUCGAUUUGUCGUAGUGGAUCGAUGACGAACACGACGCGUCGUGUUUUUACUUCGCUAAUCGAUAAUACCCUCUAACGCGUUUAUAGAAUAGAUAAUUUGCAUGCAUUUUGCGAUGCAGUCAGACGCUAACCUGAAAUAUCGCGGAUAUGUGACGAGCAAUAAAGAAUUAAUCCCAUCAAAGCUCGCGAGAAAAUCAAUUAUUUAAAUAAUAGACUGUUCGCUGAGUUUGAGAAAGCGCCCGAGGGAUAUAAAAGGCCGUUGCAACGACACAAACUAAAGAUGUUAACGCCAAAUUAAUUGACAAAAUCGGACAAAAUUUCUUCAUGAAUUUUACGACACGUUGAGAUAUUAAAAUGCAAAUUUACGGUACGCGUCAGAUAACGAUGGGUUUUUGUCGAAACGAUAAUAAGAGGAUGAGUAUUCGAUAUCUCCUUUACUGACGAGGAUUAGGAUGAUUCGACGAUAUCGAUUCAUAUUAGAGCUUAUGUAAAUUUGACUAGCAAAACUUGGGCCUAAAUGGUCGUGAAUGUACUUAUAAAGAAAACUCGUGAUACGCGACUUAUUGAGUUCAUUUUUCUUUCUGAUAGGAAAAAAACAAAGAUAAACUUUAAGCGGAUACGUGAGAAAGAUAUAUAUACUUUUCAAAUUCAAAAGAAAGAAACUACAAAGUUGUAAUAUAUUGUUACAUCCGGAAACGCGCGCAACUUUAUAUUUAACACAAUCAAAUAUUUAUCAAGUAUAAAUGUUGUAGAACUGAACUCGGAGUUGCAUGUCACGCGCUAUCUUUGUUAAACAAAAAUCUCGUUCUUGUACUAUUCCACACUUAGCGUGUCAACAUGUCAAUUAACUUGAUAUUUGUUUCCCCCUUUUCUGUAGAAUGAAAUUUUGGCGGACGUAGUAAUACGAGACAAGGUGCUAUACAUCAAAGCAUAAUUUUUUUUUUUUAAUAAAUAUUUAGUUAAAUUCCAUAAAUAUCUUUCCUUGCAUUUUUUUUUUAAUUUUAAUGAUGAACAACGUAAAUUAAUUAUUUAAAAAAAUACGAUUUUUUUCUGUAACUUCCAUUUUCGCAUGCAAUGCGUUGCAUUUAUGUGAAAUGAAAGCAGCGAGCACCGUUUGCACCUUGAUCGCUAGAAAUACAUAAUUACCAUAUCGUUAAUUACGUAUUUACUCACCUAAUGUUGUUUGAUACGUUGGAAACUGUUAAGAUAGGUGAAUUAUGAUCAACAUUUGUUGGGUAAGCUUGCUUUGUUGCGAGAAAACUGUGAAACGAAAAACGUUCACCAAGUUGAAAGGAGCUAACGAUGCGAAUGAUUAGUUGAAACAAAGGUGCAAAUCUCAUAAAAUUUAAUAUUCGGUCUUUAUCUGCAAUUAUACAUAUAUUUACUCGAAUCGCCCUCGGAGCGUUUGCCAGUUACGUUUGAGAUUAUUCGUACGAAAAAAAAAGUAUACACUCGAGUUAGCAGAGUACAAGUUUCCUAAUAAUAAUAAUAGAACCGUGUUGCAAGGCCAACGCUUCAGUCGUAGUUUCCCACCUUGUCUAAUGCCGGGAUUUUGGAAUUUCGAUGAGGCGAAUUCGGGAUUUUCGGGAUGACCGAAGCUAAAGACUUUUAUAGAUACUUUUAGAACGUUUUAUGUGAGAAAAAAAUUUAGUGUUACAGAUAUGAUCAACGACUCUUUGGGCAAUCGAUCGAUUUUCUUGAAAAAACGAAAAAAAAAUAAGAAAUAAAAAAUUGUUAAAGUUAACACGAAACUAUAAAAUUUCUCGUCGCGACAGCGUGACAUUUCGACUGCAUAAAAUCUACGAGAGAUCUACGAAUGCAAAAAUGAAAAAUGGACAAGAGUUAACUGACAAUUUUGCGAUCGAUUCCUAGAAGAGAUCUAGUUUUUCUGAAAAAUCCUAACGAGACUUGAUCGAAAUUCCGAGAAUGGUCCGGCGAGAUCUUAUCGCAUUUUCUCGAAACCUGUACAAUAAUACGGAAAAAAUUUUCGAAAAUUGCUAUAGCGUGUACUAUAUAAUACUAUAAUACUAGCGUAGAGAGUCUUUCGCGAAAAUCGAACUGGUAGGAGUGUGAAGUACAAACUGAAGACACAAUAAAUGCGCGCGCGAGUGAUGCGAUAAUCGAGGAGGAAGGAUCGAGAGGUACUUAUACGCGUAAAAUGAUAAAUAUGAUUUGUUUUCUGUGUAAAUAUACAUAUAGGAUGCUCCGUUAUGUACAUACAUAGUGCGCUGAAACUGCGCGGUGUUUCGCGCCCUGUCGCUUUUAAAGAUAUUUUUGACGAUCGAAUUGAUCCAUUGUAUAGAACACACGAUUCAAUCAUGUAGUACGUAAAAAUAUAAAUACGUGUGUAUAAUAUAUAGUAUUUUUUCAUGAGGGUCGCGCAACGAGACGACAAUGAGGAGUCGGCCACAUACAGAAAAAUACUGCCAAGAAAAGCGUUUACUCGCUUCACUUCUUUUUUUUUCUAACAAGCAACGUUUGCCUUUUAAAAUAUUUUCUCGAUAAACAUUGUCUUAAAAUACACUCAAUACAAAUUAAAAAAAAAUUUAUUAUCAUAUGAAAGAGAGUGAAAAAGAGAACUUAUGAAAUAUUUGAAAUAAGUAAUAUUUACUCGAUUCAAAUAUAUAUUUUUCUGUGCGUACACAGAAGUUAAUAAUAAGUAAAUGUUACUUGUUUCAAGUAAAAGAUGAGUGUAUUUUGAGAAUAUUACUAGGAAAAUAUUUUUUACAAACUGUUACUUGAAAGAAGGGAGCUAAAAAUUGAGUAAUCGCUUUUCUUGACCGGAGGAUGAAAUUUUUCUGCGUGCAGGCCUCUUAAAUGUAAAAAAAAAGAGAUCUUAAUCGUGCCGUUCACGAUGCAUCAGUAAACUUCCGUGAGUGGUUACUGUGAAUGUCUAGACAGUGUUGGGCGGACGUAAUCAGGCCUUAUCGAAAACCUCUAGAGCGUUAGCCUUAAGAACACCGGGAUCGGCCACACGAACAGCUUUGCUUUUCAGCUUUUCAGCUCUUUUGCCUCAAUAAAAGCGUUACAGAGUAAACUGUACAAUUAUUUUCUAUCUCUAGUAAAAACUUUCUAGUAAAAAAAAAUAUAUAUAUAUAUGUAAUAUAUGCUUAAAAAUGUAUGCUCACAGGACGCAUAUUUAGAAGCGUAUAGCUCGCGAAUUUGCAUACGGUCGAUACUGCGGCUACGUGUCGCCGAGUAACUACUCUCUUCGCACAGUAACUAUAGUCGUCAGAUAAAAAUAAAAAGAUCCUGAAACAGCAGCUGUGCAGAGUGGCCACCUUUCCCCGCUUGGUAAGAGCAUGUAACCGAUAAGGAGCUCGGUGUUCUCGAGGGAGGCUAAGCAUGGAUGAUGGUGGUGAAUUAUACGGUACCUUCUCUGCGCAAAGAACGCGCAACGAGUCGCAAUCUUUCUACACGCUUGUAGUAAUAAUAUAGCGCUGGUAUAAUAUUUUAUUAAUUACCAUUUAUCGCGACGAUGAUAGCACCAUGCGAAAUAUAUACACAUGUGUUUCGUGUAGUGCUAUGCAUACACAUCCGUUAUAUAUUCUGAAUAUUAUAUAUUUUUACUGUGUAAUUAUAAUAAAUUGCUAUACAAUUACUAAUUCAAUCCUGAACGCGUAAUUCACCUAUACAAAUUAACGAUUAAUGGAUCAACAUUCAAUCCAUUCGAAAUUGCUAUGAAAAUGGAAAUUCUGUCCAUCAGCUGGUCUGGCUUUUUGACGUGCCGCUUUUCGACCACUGCUGCAUCCAACGUUACGAGAUUAGCAUUCGCUUUUCGAGGUUUUUGUAAAUAUGUAUUUGGAUCGUGUAAAAAGAGAGAGAGAGAGAGAGGAGGAGAAAGAGAAAGAAAGAAAAAUCAGACGAAUCAAAAAUAUCGAUGUCUUCGAUGUUCGAUCGUCCUUUCUAUUGUACGACGCGAGAUUAAUCUAUCGACAAAACCCUCCGCUCCUCCCUGUAUUUUUCAGGAGACGGCAGGGCAGAUUAACAUUAAUAAAUCUCCAACUAUCGCGCAAUAUUCCGCGUCCCUCUUAUCUCGGAUUUGGCGUGGAAUGAAGCAGUGAUGGGAAUCCAAAUGAUACGUACGUUUUCGAGGACUUUUUUUAACUACCAAACAUAAUCACAUACGUUAUAACGAAAAUCAAAAAUUUGAGAAAGAACCAUGAUCAAAGCUUUCCUCUAUUUAAAGAUUAAAAAAGUGUAAUUACGUUCUGCACGUGUUACUAUUAAUGUAUUUCAAUUUCGCGACGACACACUCCCAUUUCACUGCUCGUAUGUGAAAAGUAAAAUUUUGAUUUAAAAAUUACAAUACACAAUUCGUGGUUUUCUCUUUUUUUUCUGCUUAAUUAGUUUCUUUCAAUAUUUUUCAUAAUUUUCUGCUUUCACAAAUAAUUUCUCCAAUUUUUUUGUACGAACAUAUAUUCCUUUUAAUAUUUAUUUUCGUUUCGCAUCGAAUACCGAGCGAAAGCGCAUUUUGUUCACGUUCGCCGGAGCAUUUCCUCUCGUAAAUAAGAGCAAAGAAAUUUCGCUCCACUUUAUUCAUACGGCUCAAUUAUCGCUCGAACUUUCUGGCCAAGGUUGCAAGAACAGGGAGCGCAUCCGUUCCCAGCAAGUCUGAUUUAUCUGACACGUAGCGGACCAAAGUUUGCACAUACACACACACACACACACACACACACACAUACACACGUCUUGCACCGUAAACGAACUUCGAGAUUAAGUCUUUUCGUUCAUGUUCUACCAAUCAAUAGCUAGCAGUAGGCGGUAAGUAUUCCGACAAUUCUCCUCGAUUUCAUAGCCUGCCUGAUAAAUCGCGAUUAAUUGAAUUCCCAUCACUGGCUAGUCGUCCAGCAACACCAGUAGCAGCAACAGCAGCAGCAGCAGCAGCAGCAGCAGCGGCAGCAGGGGUAACAGCGGCGGCGGCAGCACCUUGUACAAACACGAAUUUUACGGUAGAACGGAAAGGCGAAUGAAUUUUAAUAACAUGCCGCGUGUAAAAGGAACAAAAAACGGCGAAUCGAUUCGAGGCGGUUUUAUUUCUCGCGCGCGCGCGCGCGCGCGAGAGAGAAGAUAAAAGGCGAUAUUUUAGAUCUGUAAAAAGAAUCGAGAUUGAUUAUAUUUUAGUAAUGCAUUUGAUAUCAGACGAAAAGUAUUUCGAGCGACACGUGCAAAAAUUUCGGAGAUGCGAUUUAAAAAAAAAAGGGAGAAGGACGCGCGAAGGAGCGUCGUUUCUCCUUCUCUUUCAGAAACGUGCCUGUAUGUGGGCGGCUUGAUAGUCACUAAGGACGAAUUGUGUCGAGAUAAGAAUUUAGGACGCGAGGUUUCUUCUAUUUGUGUGCUUCUAGAGAAAGAGAGAGAGAGAGAGAGAGAGAGAGACACGUAGCCACCGUGUACCGAUUGUCCUUAAUGUUAACGACCUAUUAAUUCGUUUGCAGCUCAUUAAGUCACACACUAUUCCGAACACACGAUCGCUCGCGGGCUGAACACGCGAACGCACAUACGAGAAAUAUUAUACAUACAGACACACGCAUAAAUAGAUAUGUACAUACACCUGUAUGGUUAAUUAUGAGAUUUUAGAGAGAGAGGAUCAAUUCAAUUUCCGAAAACUUAUUUCGUUACGAGCGAGCGCGCCAAUGUCACGCGCAGACACUUCUUUAUUUUUGUCAUAUCGAUAUUUCGUCGAUAAUAAAGUGCAUAUUAGACGAGUGAA